GGAGAGCCUUACCCUCGAAGCCGAAGGCCUCGUGCCUUCUCUUCCUCCCUGGCAUGGAGGAAGUAGCUGUUUCGCCUAUGAUCGUUGCCGCCGUAGUGCUGGACAACAAUGGCGCCGACGCGGUCUCCUGCACUGCCAUCCCUAGCGUAACAAUAAGCCUAGAGGAGAAAGAAAAUAUCAAUGGGGAUGUUCCCACGAUCACCUCGGCCGCAAGCAACGAGGAGGAGGCGUUGUUCAGUGUCGGAGAAUCCACCAAGGACGAUGGCCAUCGCUUGACGAUGGAAUGCACCACUCCCGUCUCCUCCAGUAGCCCUUCCACUCGCAAGAAGCGCGGGGCGUUCAGCCUCUUCAGGGCGAUGUUCCUGUCCUUCGGCCGGAGCGACGACAGCAUGAAGAAGACAGACGACGACACCACGAGCCCCAAGAAGAGAGCCAUCGCGGCUGCUGAUGACGAUUGCAAGCCUGCCGAUGACGAGUCAACGUCGUGGAAGCGCCUCGUGGACGGUAUGCGCCCGCUCCGCCUCCGCGGGCAGCUGGAGUACUACCCGCCGCCACCGCCGCCACCGCCGCUGGGCCACGCCGAUGUGUACCAUGACGUGAUCCUCCCGCCGCCGUCGCAGGCACGGUUCGGCUUCGAGAUCAAGGAGGUGGGCAUGACCAGCCGCUACGCGUCCGCUGAGGAUCUGCACCAGAUGGACAGCGACCAGGAAGAGGGUGCUGAGGGUGGCGAUGACGGUGACAGCAGUUGCCCACACGCCAUCGACAUGCAGGCGGAGGAGUUCAUCACCAAGUUCUAUGAGCAGUUCAAGUCAGAAUCGUUCAACGGCCGUGCCUCCGAGUGAUCCAUUGAUCCAUCCGCUUGCGGCAUGUAUGUAAUCGUUCUGAUCUUAACCGAAAUUGCAUUCGUGUC